UUAUCGAUAAAUCCAAACAAGUUUUUUGUCAUUGCUAAAUACAGCUUUUUUAAAGAAUCAAUGGACUAACAUUGAAAGUCUACAUUAAGAAGCAGAACAAGGUUGAAAAACUGGACUGAUUUCGGUUUGUGAAUCGAUGUGUGAAGUUGGGUAGAUAACUUCAGCUGAACUAGAUUGGAUAAACAGAUUUAUGUAUAUUUUGCAAGGGAAUUUAGUCAUCGGACAACAGGUUAGAUGGCCAAUUGUAGCGAGGAUUUCCCUUAUACAUCCAUUCUCUACCCAGAGCUUGAGAAUGAGGUGUCCGUCAUUGUCCUAGGAGUUAUCGCUCUUAUCCUGUGUAUCCUGACCCUCGUCAACUACGCGGAGGAGUUAUGGUUCAUGUGCAGAGUUUACUCCCUUUCCCACAACAGAAAUUAUGUCAUUCUUAUCCUCACCAUUUUCCCGAUUCUCUCUGUAUGCUGUGUACUGGGUCUCCUUGUUCCGAGGUCGACCCUCUUAAUGGAACUCAUCACCUCCACGUUGCGGGCCAUCAGUAUUUUGGUGUACAUAAGGAUUUUGAUAGGAUAUUUUGGGGAUGAGGAUAAACUAGUGACUGAUAUGUCAGACGAAACCAUGUCUUUCCGAACUCCGCCAUGCUGCUGCUGUUGUGUCUGUCUUAAUGGCUCCCAAAUAAACAGUGGUAACCUGCGGACGAUCAAGCUCCUCUGUGUACAGAUGGUCGUCGUCCGGCCGCUCACAAUGCUCAUCCUGGUCCUACUGUGGAUGGACAACAAGUUUAAACUGACAGAUGUGAUGAGUACCUCCAACCCUGGCACCUACUUUCAGUUCAUCAACAUUGUAAGUUUAUUGCUGUCAAUGUGGGGAGCGAUUUCGCUGACGCGAUUUGUAGAACUGAAGCUGAAGGAAUGUAGGAUCCGCCUCAAGUUUCUCUCGGUGCAGCUCGCUAUGGUUUUCUCGGACGCCCAGAGGGCUGUGCUCACUCUCCUUGCAUCACGUGACGUCUUUGAUUGUGUACAGACACGUGGUCCUAUGGUUCAAGCUUAUCGUUAUCACUAUGGGCUGUUAGUGGUGGAGACAUUUCUGUUAUCGCUGUUGGCUAGGUACGCCUACAGAUUCCAGGAUCCGCCCUACCAGUAUGACGAGCUGGGGAAAGAUAAAAGUGAGAUGCGCUCCGUCCCUACCUCGAGCACCAACCUAAACUUGACAUAAUUACACCCCACUUAUGGCACACAUCCUAAAUUCGCAGCUGAUUUGACUUUUAAAAAUGACAUUGCUGAUGUUAUUCGGAUUUUUGAUGUACCGUUUUUGUUUUGUUUCUUUUUUUCUAUUUAGAUCGAUCCAGGGAAAAUGUCUGCUGAAUACUCACAGACUUUUCUAAUAUUACUCUUUUCAAGUACACGCCAGAAGAGAUUGAUGCUUAUUUAGUUCUUUAAGUUUCCAUCGACAACUGAAUGUAUAUAGUUACCGUAAUUAAUUGACAAAAAUGGCAUUGCUUGUACAUAUAUAAGUCCUUUCUACGAAAAUGCUUUUGUAGUGUCCAGGAAAAAUGAAAUAAAUUCUAGUCGA